AUGCGCUUCCUCUUCCUAGCGCUCUCGUCGUUUCUUGGUCUUUGGGUCGACCAAGUGCGGUUCAUCCCGGCUCUGCUGCCGUCGCCGUUAACGUCAACAACCGGUGGACGGUCGCUUCAGGACAAGAGGGCUGAAGCCAUUGCGUUCAUCCACGACCAAAUGGCGACGCACGCGCUGCCGGGUCUUGCGCUCGCUGUGGUCUACAAGAACGAGACCAUUAUCGCGACCGGUUUUGGUACCAAGCAGUAUGGCAACGACGCGAAUGCAGUGACCGCCGACACGAUUUUCCAAAUCGGUUCGUUCUCCAAGACCUUUAUUGCCCUCGGUAUCGGCAAGCUCGUCGAUGAAGGCCGUCUGCAUUGGGACGACCCGGUCAAGCUCCGCCUUCCGUGGUUCCAGCUCAAGGACAAGUACGCCGAAGAGUACACGACGCUCGGUGACCUUCUCGCAAUGAACUCGGUCUUUGAAUCUGGCCAAGGCGACCAAGCGUCGAUGCUCGGCAUCCUGGAUGAGCGCGCAUCGGUGCGAGCGGCUGCCUACCUCGAGACGGCUGGCCGGCCGCUGCGUCCUGGCUACGCUUACGCCAACAUGAACUACGAGAUCCUCGGCCAAGUCAUCGAGUACCAGACCAACCAAACGUGGUCGCAGUAUCUCCACACGACGUUCUUCACGCCGCUUGGCAUGACCAACACAUAUGGCGCCGUGCGUGAGGUCCCGCCGUCUGGCGACCUCUCGUUUGCCCACUACCACUGCAACAACUUGGUCGCGGGGCCGUUCGACCAGCGCACGUCGUCGCAAGGCAUGCUCGGUCCAGCCAACGACUACAUUUCCGCGGGGUCGAUCGUCUCGACGGCGAGCGACUUGGCAAGUUUCUCGAAAUUUCUCCUCUCCAAGGGUGCGGGCAUCUUUCGGUCGCCGGCCAUUAUCGGCACGAUGAUCACGGGCCACAAUAUCAACACGAUGGAUGCCACCCUUGGGCCGCUCAUGGGCUACGCCUACGACGCUGAUGGCGAUGCGCUCACGGCCGGCUACGGCUUUGAUGCCGUUGGCGACAUCAUGUACGGGUACCAGUACUUUGACAAGGGCGGCGACACGUUUGCUUUCAAGACGCGCAACGGGUUCAUUCCCGCAGAAGACCUCGGUGUCGUCGUCCUCUCCAACUCGGAAGGACGAGGUGGUGCGUUUAGUGACUUGGUGGUUGAAGACCGCAUCCGGACGUACCUCCUCGGCAUCUUCCUCGACGUGCCGCAAGCGACGCUCAAGGCCACGUACGAGUCGGCGCGAGCUAUCGCUAGCGCCUAUCGUCCGCCGGCUGCAUGCGACGCCCACCUCUUUCAUGGUCAACCUUGGACGAGCCUCGGGUCGGUCAUCCCGGCGAAGGACCAGUCGGCCUUGAUCGGGACGUACACUAGCGUCCAUUCGGCAAAGUACUAUGGCAGCGCGGUUCUCUCGACCAGCAACAACUCGCUCUUGCUGCAGUACGGCGGACAGAAGGGCCCGGUGCUGGCGACCACGGGCGACAACUAUCUCUGGGCGAUCGAGGUCGCCGGCGGGGCGUUCGCGCCGCUGACCCUUCGCGGCAUUGGCACUAACGACACGGAGAUCACCAUCAUGGGAACACCGUUCCGCAAAGCGUAG